UUUCUCUAUCUUCUGCUGGAUUUUUAUCAUUUUUCCGAGGUUUCUUUUCAACGACCAUCCAGAAAACGAACGAUUAACAGAUUCUAGCCAUGACACAACUAAUCAAGCAGAGGAAAUUGGUGUCCCUGGUCACUGGGUGCGUCUCCUCGGCGUUUGGUGUGGUCAAUGUCGUCACAAUGGGGAUAGAGAACGGUAUCACUUUGAAGGACAUCAUUGUAGCAAAUGAAGCAGCCUGUGUGAUAAAGUCGUCGUAUGGAAUGUACACCGUUGGAACAAUCGUUGAGGUUGCCGUGACGGUGUUCGUCGGACUGACGAUUUUCGUCGAAAUGAUGAAAAAGGAUUUCUACUACGUCAAUUUAAUAAGCCACGCCAUAGCAUUUCUGGCGAUUGGUUCUGCUUGCAUUGUUUACGGCGUGAAACUGAACACCAGGAUCACGUGGUACUUUUGGCUCGGCCUGUUGGGAGGUGUCGUUGCCUUCGGAAACUUUCUGUAUUGGUUUUGUACCCAGAUGUUUCGUCGAUAUCUGAAGCGCCACCACCCGGACGAUCCUUUGUUCAGCUUAGGAGGAGAUAAUUUCGCAAACGACAAUGCCUAUAACGAGUCUUACAAUAAUGAAAAUUACGAUGAAACUGGCGAUUAUGUCGAAGGCUAAGAUUUUUUUGUAUCGAUUAUAGAAAUAUAUAUUCACAUUAAAUUUUACUGUACAUGUAAGUAUUUCCAGUAAUAGGUGUGCAUUUUUUCUGGCAUAUUUUUUUUCUUGUAAAAGAAGAAACUGCUCUUCUUAAAAUAGUAUAUAAAAAUAGUAUAUGAUUACCUUGUAUUCAAAUAUGUAACAAGUCUAA